AAGAAAAGUAGCAGCAAACAUGGGAGACACUAGCAAGGAAGCUGUUGAGAAAUACUUGGAGAACAACCCACAAUUCGCCAAGGAAUAUUUUAACAGGAAACUCAGGCCAGAGACAAUUGGUGCAAUCUUCAGGGAUGCAAAAGCAGAGUUAAAGGACGGGGCCUCCUUCAAAGACCUGUGCAAGCUGGAGGAGUCUGACAUUGUGUUUGAGUUGGUCAAAGAGAUGCAGGAUGACUGCAAUGUGGAGAAGCAGAUGCACAAGGUACUCCAGAGGAUUGUCACCCUGGUCAAUGCAGAUAGAGGCAGCAUGUUUAUAUUCAGGUCGAGGAAUGGCAUAGCAGAAAUGGCCACGAGACUUUUUAAUGUGACCAGAGACUCCAGUUUUGAGAAUAAUCUUGUGUCUCCACAGAGUGAGAUAGUUUUCCCAUUGGAUGUGGGGCUAGUGGGAUGGACAGCACGUACGAAGAAGGUGCAGAAUGUUCCUAAUGUUAUGAAGGAUGCCCAUUUUUCUGAAUUUGUUGAUAAACAGACUGGCUAUACAACUUUGAACAUGCUAGCUGCCCCAGUGGUGCAGGGGAAGGAGGUUUUAGCAGUCUUGAUAGUGAUCAACAAAAUUGGAGAACCACAUUUCACAACAGAAGACCAAGAGGUUUUUACAGAAUAUCUUAAUUUUGCAUCUUUAGCACUGAGAUACUCUCAUAUAAGUUACCUCUACAAUGUGGAAUUACGACGGUCCCAGAUUCUGUUGUGGUCUGCCAACAAGGUAUUUGAAGAACUUACAGACAUUGAACGCCAGUUUCACAAAGCCAUGUACACAGUCCGAAUCUAUUUAAAUGUCGAAAGAUAUUCAGUUGCUCUUCUGGAUAUGACCAAGCAGAAGGAGUUCUUUGAUGAAUGGCCAAUCCUGAUGGGUGAAGUCCCCCCUUACAAAGGCCCAAAGACCCCAGAUGGCAGAGAAAUCAACUUUUAUAAGAUCAUUGACUAUUUGUUGGUCGGGAAAGAGGAAAUCAAAGUCAUCCCGUCACCUCCUAUGGAUCAUUGGUCCCUUGUGAGUGGGCUGCCAACCUACGUUGCUGAAAAUGGCUUUAUCUGCAACAUGAUGAAUGCCCCAGCUGAUGAGUACUUUACUUUCCAAAAAGAACCAGUGGAUGAAACAGGCUGGGUUAUAAAAAAUGUCUUGUCAUUGCCAAUUGUAAAUAAGAAAGAAGAGGUAGUGGGCAUAGCUACAUUUUACAACAGAAAGGAUGGAAAACCAUUUGACGAGUAUGAUGAACAGAUCACUGAAACCCUAACACAAUUCCUGGGAUGGUCACUCCUUAACACAGAUACUUAUGAUAAAAUGAAUAAACUGGAAAGCAGGAAAGAUAUUGCUUCGGAAAUGCUAAUGUAUCAUUCAAAGUGCACCGACAGAGAACUUCAGACCAUUUUGAAAACAAAAGAGAAGUUGGACAAGGAUGUUGCAGAUUGUGAACAGAAGGAUAUGAUUAGGAUCUUGGAAGAAGAACUACCUGAACCAAGUAAUGUUGAGCUCUAUGAAUUCCACUUCAGUGACUUGGAUGUUUCAGAAUUUGACCUAAUCAAGAGUGGAAUUCGGUGCUUCUUUGAAAUAAAUGCGGUUGUAAAAUUCAAAAUACCAGCAGAUGUAUUGACUCGAUGGAUGUACACUGUCAGAAAAGGUUACCGUGAUAUCACCUACCAUAACUGGCGACAUGGAUUCAAUGUGGGACAAACUAUGUUUACACUUCUCAUGACAGGUAAAAUCAAGAAGUACUACUCAGAUCUAGAAGCUUUCGCUAUGAUUACGGCAGCAUUUUGCCAUGAUAUUGAUCACCGAGGCACCAAUAAUUUGUACCAGUUGAAAUCUCAAGCACCUCUAGCAAGAUUGCAUGGGUCUUCUAUUUUGGAAAGACAUCACCUUGAAUACAGUAAAACGCUGCUUCAGGAUGAGAGCUUAAACAUUUUUCAGAACCUGAAUCAACGUCAACAUGAAACAGUCAUCCAUUUGAUGGAAGUUGCUAUAAUUGCGACUGACUUGGCCUUGUAUUUCAAGAAAAGGACAAUGUUUCAAAAGAUUGUGGACCAUGUCGAAAAAACAGAGAAUGAAGAAGAGGCCAUAAAGUACAUUUCUUCCGACCCAACCAAGAAAGAAAUAGUUAUGGCAAUGAUGAUGACAGGAUGUGACUUGUCUGCCAUUACCAAGCCUUGGGAAGUGCAAAGUAAGGUUGCGUUAAUGGUUGCUAAUGAAUUCUGGGAGCAGGGUGAUCUGGAACGAACAGUUUUACAGCAACAGCCAAUUCCCAUGAUGGACAGAAACAAAGGGGAUGAACUCCCCAAACUACAAGUUGGUUUCAUCGACUUUGUGUGUACUUUUGUGUAUAAGGAAUUUUCAAGAUUCCAUAAAGAAAUAACACCAAUGUAUGAUGGACUCCAAAACAACAGAGUUGAAUGGAAAUUACGAGCUGAUGAGUAUGAUGAAAAGAUGAAGCUGAUUGAAGAACAAAGGAAGGAACAAGAAGAAAUGGCUGUCAAAAAGGCAGCAAAUGGAGAAGUAGGAGGUGGAGUCGAAGGAAAUGAAGGGAAACGUGGAGGAAAAUCCAGAACAUGUGAAAUAUUUUAAAAACUUUGUGAAUGAACAUUCACAACUUCACAUCUUAGGCAUAUUACAAACUGUUUAACAAUGACCCACCAGAAGAUUCACUGGCUUACUAGCACAUGUUCAACAAACUUUUAAGCAAUAAUUUUAAAAAUAUUUUCUUAGGGUGUGAGCAUCGCUGGCAAGGCCAGUGUUUAUUGCCCAUCCCUAAAUGUCCUUUAG